UCCUGAAUGAAUGGCGGUUUAGAUCUUGUAGUCCUCUCACAAGACGGGUCGUUCCGUUAGUUAAUUACUGGUACAAAUAGCCCUUGAAAAGUAUAAAUUGGUGUAAAAAUUUUUGGCUAAAAGAUUAGAGAUUGAGCAGAGUAUUUGACACGUCUUUUCAAUUUCAUUACGGGUUAUUUUUCUUUUAUUAAUUCGAAUAAACUUUUUUUGGUAAGUUUUUCAUAGAAUUCAGCUCAAGAUUCCUUAGCCCGGUGGAGAAAGGAGGAGUUUUUAAUCUGAGUGGUUUGAUACAUUUAUUUAAUUUAUCGAAUUUUGUCGUUUGUUGAUUGUCGAUUUCUAAGAUUCGUGUUGUAUUUAUUUCAAUGUUUUGAUUUUACAAGUGGAUUAUCAAGGGGAAGCUGGGUCACAAGGUUUCCUGAUCUGGGUAUUUGUGGUUUAGCUUUUGAUCAUUUGAAAAAGAUGAGGGAAAAGCUUGGGUUCUUGGUGUGUAUUUGGUUUUUGCUUUGUGUGUCUAGUUUGGGAAGCUUUGUUGUGGAGAAGAAUAGCUUGAAAGUUACAUCGCCGGGGUCAAUAAAGGGAGUUUAUGAAUGUGCAAUUGGGAAUUUUGGUGUUCCUCAAUAUGGAGGAACCUUGGUUGGCACGGUUAUUUUUCCAAAAGCUAAUCAGAAGGCAUGCAAGGGUUAUGAUAAAGUUGAUCUCUCUUUUAAGUCAAAGCCCGGAGGAUUGCCCACUUUCCUCCUUGUUGAUCGGGGAGAUUGUUACUUUACCAUGAAGGCCUUUAAUGCACAAAAAGGUGGAGCAGCAGCUAUUCUUGUUGCGGAUGAUAGGAUUGAGCCAUUGAUAACCAUGGAUACCCCUGAAGAAGAGAACGCAAGUGCAGAGUAUCUGCAAAACAUCACUAUCCCAUCAGCCCUUAUUAGCAAAUCUUUGGGCGAUAGCAUCAAGAAAGCUCUGAGUAGUGGAGAUAUGGUUAACAUGAACUUAGAUUGGAGAGAGUCUCUUCCUCAUCCUGACGACCGUGUUGAGUAUGAGUUCUGGACAAAUAGCAAUGAUGAAUGUGGACCAAAGUGUGAGAGUCAGAUUGAGUUUGUGAAGAGCUUCAAAGGAGCAGCCCAGAUACUUGAACAGAAAGGGUACACUCAAUUCACCCCUCACUAUAUAACUUGGUACUGUCCUGAAGCAUUUAUCCUGAGCAAGCAAUGCAAGUCUCAGUGCAUCAACCAUGGGAGGUACUGUGCUCCUGAUCCUGAGCAGGAUUUCAGUCGAGGAUAUGAUGGGAAGGAUGUUGUGGUUCAAAAUUUACGGCAAGCUUGCUUCUUUAAAGUUGCUAAUGAAAGCAGAAAACCAUGGCUUUGGUGGGAUUAUGUGACUGACUUUGCAAUCCGUUGUCCUAUGAAAGAUAAGAAGUACAACAAAGAGUGCGCAGAUGAGGUUAUCAAGACUCUUGGUGUUGAUCUCAAGAAGGUUGAUGAAUGUAUUGGAGACACAGAGGCAGAUGUGGACAACCAAAUUCUUAAAGCUGAGCAAGACUCACAGAUUGGCAAAGGCUCCCGUGGAGACGUGACUAUACUACCUACUCUUGUAAUAAACAACAGACAGUAUAGAGGUAAGUUGGACAAGGGAGCGGUUCUCAAGGCCAUAUGUUCAGGUUUCCUGGAGACUACAGAGCCAGCUUUAUGUUUAACUGCAGAUAUUGAAACCAAUGAGUGCUUGGAAAACAAUGGUGGGUGUUGGCAGGACAAAAAUGCUAACUUAACUGCAUGCAAGGAUACUUUUCGAGGAAGAGUGUGUGAGUGUCCUGUAGUACAAGGCGUGAAGUUUGUCGGUGAUGGUUAUACUCAUUGUGAAGCUUCAGGAGCUUUACGCUGUGAAAUUAACAAUGGAGGUUGUUGGAAGAAAACCCAAAAUGGCAAGACUUACUCGGCUUGUUUUGAUGAUAAUUCCCCAGGUUGCAAGUGUCCACCAGGGUUCAAGGGUGAUGGAGUCAAUGGCUGUGAAGAUGUGGAUGAGUGCAAGGAGAAGCUGGCAUGUACAUGCCCGGAGUGCAAAUGCAAAAAUACCUGGGGCAGUUACGAUUGCAGCUGUAGCAGUGGAUUAUUGUACAUGCAGGAGCAUGACACCUGCAUAAGUAAAGAUGCUAUAACAGAGUUUAGUUGGGGCUUUGUUUGGAUCCUCUUUUUUGGUUUGGCUGCCGCUGGUGUUGCCGGUUAUGGGGUUUACAAGUACAGGAUCCGGAGAUACAUGGAUUCAGAGAUCCGAGCGAUCAUGGCACAGUAUAUGCCAUUGGACAGUCAAGCAGAUGUUCAUCAAACUACCAACAACCACGGGGGUGUUUAAGACUCAGAAAAACUGACAUAGCCAUCCUGAUUUUCACCUGAAUGAUUUAGCGAUUGGUCUACGGCUUUAGUAAUUUUAGCAGUAUUCAGAAAACUGGCAAUAUAUAUUGGUCUGCAGCAAUCUUUUCCCAUUUAUUAUACUUGCAAUUGCGAGGCUGAACACGCCUAUGAUUUUUUAUAGCAUCACAAGUAAAAAACUGCCUACUGGAUUAUUAUUGA